AUGCCCACCCACUACGAGCUCCGCAAUCGUGGCCAAGCCCGCGCUCCCGCUCGCAACAACGCACAACGCAAGAGGGCCGCUCGUGUCUUGUCGCAAGCCAAGAUGAAAGAGGCGGCGCUCUUGAAACAAAUUGAGGCCCGCUACGCCGAAGCCAAGGCGUGUGUAGCUAGUGACUCCCUCUACUACUUCGAGACGCAUGACGAACUGGACAUGUUCAUGGUCCAGCAUGCAAUCCACUUCCGCGAGAACCCACUCGACAGGUUCCUCUAUGACAACAGCCGCGAAAUCCGCUUUCGUGACUCGCUGGCGAGGCGUUCUUUCGUCGCGCAGGCCGACGAUGGGGAGCUCUUUGUUCCGGGCAUCCCUUCCCACUCCACGCUGCCACUGUUUGGUCAGCCCGUCCCCCAGAUGCACCCUCGCAUUCGCGGGGAUGGUCAAAUUGUCCAGACGUCUGCCGGCGGAGGCGUCACCACCAACAGCCGUCCAACAGCCACGGCCAAUACUACUGCUGUUAUGCACCACCCUCCCGUCUCCACUACUGGCACCACCACCACCACCACCACCACCACCACCGCCGCCGCCGCCGCCAUCGCCAAUCACCCUCCGGCCGGCGCUGACAGCACUAUCAACGCCUCAUCCCCUAGUGGCACAUCAUCGGAGAGCACUCCGCACACCCUCAGCCAGCAGGCUGAGUCGUCAGACAGCGAGGCCGCGGCCGACAGCGACAGCAGUUCGUCGGUGAGCAAUAGUCGGCCCUCAGGCAUCAUUCUUAGGCUCACCGGUCUCCAGUCUACCCAUCCCAGAAUCCAGGUGUUGAAGAGGAAGGCGCCUGAGGAGGAUUCCGCCAGUGAUGCCCCCGCUACUAAGCGGAGUCGUACUGUUACUUCGGCCUCUCCUGGACACUCAGUGUCCACCAACACCCCGGACCAGACGCCUGAGCAAGAGAGCAGCGAGAAGGCUACAAGUUCGGCAUCAAGCACGUCUUCAGAGGGCAGCAGCUCUGAUGACGAGGGACACAAGCCGCAGAAGAGCGGUAACAACCCUACUGGUAGCAAGUCUGCUGGUGGUGUUGUUCCUUCUGGAAGCACCAGGUCUUUAAGGAAGCGCAAGGCUGUCAUCACGUAUGCUGAGGAUGACUCCUCGGUGUCGCCACCAGCGAAGCGUCCUAGAGCAGCUACCCGGGAGCCUACUGCCAACGCCACCGGCGCCACGUCCCACAGCACGCCUAGCCCAUCCACAACUCCCAUCAUGCCCACCACAGCGAGCACGUCCACCGCAACAAACCACACUGGGGGCCCGCCCGCCAGCUCCGCAGCCGCAGCAAAUGCCGCCGCUCCCGCCAACCAAUACCGCACCCGAGACGAUCCAGUCGUCGGCGCGAACGGCUUCCAGCUGAUCGGGAAGCAACACUUCUUCACGGUUGGCUACGACCAAACGGAGUUCCUGACCCAGCGUUACACCGUCGUGGAGAACGGUGUCAGGAGUGGAGUGCGGACACACACCUGGGAGGGCAAUCGUGGGAAGACUGCCACGGACAUCGACUGGAACGACAAGAAGACCAUCUCUCGUCUAAACCAGUGGCUCGCACAGUGGAUGCGCAGGUCCUGCGGAUGCGGCACGAUGAGGCCCAACGUGAACAAGCUGAGGUGGACGGAGGAAGAGUACGACUGGCUGCGCCAAUACGUCGCUGACCACCCCGAGAGGCCUUCAAGGAAGCAGGUCACGGUGGACUUCAACAAUCACUUCCGGGGCAGGGUGUUCACGUACGUCGACAAUGGUGGCGAACAGGUCACGAUGCCGGCGCGUGAGGACAGGCAGACGGAGGCCAUCUUCACGGCGAUGGACCGUAAGAAAAUUGGCUGGAGGCAUUUGGAAAAUUAG